AUGUCCCCGACCGAUCCCCGGGAGUGGGCGAAGAAGGUGCGCUCUAAGACGCCCGUCCUGCUGGAAGUGGGAAAACCGGCGCCCAAGGCAGUAUUAAGCUUUGGUGGGUGUGGCUUUCUCGUAACGUACGCGCUCGGUGUCGCGCUGUACCUGCAGCAGGAAAAGGCGGAGUUCUUGUCGCAGUCGUACCUGUUGGGGGCGGGAGCAGGUGUCAUCCCAGCCGUGGCGCUCGCCUGUGGGCCGCGUGCUGUCAACAUUGAGAAGGUGCGUGACGCCAUCGUCGAUAACCGCUUUCUCGUGACGGAUGAAGAGAAGCGUCUGGAGGCUUUCACAAAGUACAUCAAUCAGCUGCUCCCGCGCAACGCGGUGGAGCUUGUCAGGGGCCGCCUUGCCCUCACCAUUGGCUUCUCCAACAGGGACUCGGGCUACAUGGCGCAGACGAAGGAGCACGUGCACUUUGGGCAUCACAUUGCGGAGUGGGAAGACGUGAACGAUCUGGCACAGUGUAUCAUGGCCGCCACAGCGCCAAACACUGAGAAGCCAAUGGUAUUUCGUGACGCUGACAACGUGAUGCGUGGUACGAUGAUGUCGCUUAGCAGUGAGCUCGACCAGUACUGCCGCCAUAUAUACAUUCAUGGUUACGCGGGGUACCGCUACAACAAGCACCAGACGCGGCACAAUAUUUUCUUUGGUCGUCACGGCUUUCUGCCCAACACUCAUUUCCCCUACUGGCGGCAAGUCUGGCUGGCGUUCGCUCCGAACAUUGGUGGGUCGGCAAGGAAGGACGAGCUGCUAGAGGCAUACGACGCGGGGUACAACGAUGCGCGUCGCUACGAGCGCUGGGAGGAGGACCCCUAUCAUUUUGCCAAGGCCGACCGCUCGCCAAAUGAUGACUUAAACUUUCGGCAACUUCGCGCCAAUUUGUUUGGUGGCAAGAAGGCCGCUGAACGCUUCGAGCUGUGA